CAGAACCAUUCGUACGAUAGCCUUCUUUCUCCAGGACUUGCAUCAGUUUUAAGGAUGUUAAACUUCGAGUACACAGCAGAAAUCUUACAUAUUUCACUUCUGAAGACAUUGGCUACCUGCACAGAGAGGUAAAUGGAUGCACACAACCAAUGGCUUCUUUAGGAUUGAUGAGCCUCAUGUUCCUUGUGCUCUCUUUGAUUCUCUGCACACUUUCUGUAUACAGGGUGAAUUGCACAGAUCUGCCUUCUUCUGCUAAUGACUGCUUGAACAUCUCCAUUCCCCUAAACAGAGCCAGCACUCAGUUAUUUUUCUCCAAGUCUGUAUAUUCUUUUGAAGUGAAAGAAGAUACACAGCCAGGAACAAUUGUGGGACAUCUGGAAGCAGUGCAUAAUGAAGGACACAGGAGCUUAAUGUAUUCUGUGCUGGAGGAUGACGGAGAUGGCCUUUUCCUCCUCAACCCACAUUCUGGAGAGUUCCUUUUAUCCCGCAUGCUGGAUUUUGAGGCAGAGCAAUUCUACAUCCUAACAGCAGCAGCGCAGUACAGGGAUAGACAGCUUACUAGGGUCAGGGUGUAUUUCAAUGUGGCUGACGUCAAUGAUAACCCACCAGAAUUCAAACUGAAUGUCUACUCUGUGUCCUUGCAAGAAGAUGCGCGUAUUGGUCUGUGUUUCUUCAACCUGAAUGUCUCAGACGCUGACGAUGAAAUAAAUGGAGAACUGGAUACGGCCAUAAUAUCAGGAGACAAUGAAAACAUGUUUUCAAUAAAUCAAAUGAAUAAUCUGUGUCUUAAACAAGAGUUAGACAGAGAGAAAAGUGCAUCAUACAGUCUUUUAAUCCAGGCCAAUGAUCGUUCACUACCUGAAGACACACGACUCACAAGCACCGUACGUGUUUCUAUUUAUGUUGAGGACAUUAAUGACAAUGCUCCAAUCUUCAUAUCAGACAACACUGUUUCCUGUUCAGAGGAUAACCCUCUUCAGUCUGUUGUUACCGUUAUCCAAGCAGUCGAUGCAGACUCUGGAGCCAAUGGGGAUGUUCUAUACAGCCUAGAGAAUUUAGGAAUGGGCUCAUUCAGCAUCAGUCGCACAACUGGAGUCAUAUACUUGCAGAAACAUUUGGACAGGGAGCUUGAAGAGGUAAUUACAGUAACCGUAACAGUCCGAGAUAAAGGAUCUCCUCAGUUGUCCAGCUCUAUGAAUCUGACAGUGCUUGUUGAGGACGUCAAUGACCAUGACCCAGUGUUCUCACAGGCCUCAUAUAGUGUACUUAUAUAUGAAGACACUCCUCGUGGAGCAAACCUGCUAACCAUUCAAGCAAGUGACAAUGACACUGGGAAUAAUGGUGAAGUGCGGUAUGAGAUCUCUGAGAGUGGCUUUGUAGUGGAUAAAGUCCUGGGAGUUGUCUCAGUAGUACAACAGUUGGACAGAGAGAGGAUUUCUUUCUAUUCAUUCAUUGUUACAGCAAUGGAUAAGGGGGAUAGUAUAAGAUCUUCAACAGCCACCAUCAAUAUCACACUACUGGAUGUAAAUGACUGUGUUCCUGUUUUCUUCAAAGAUUUGCUCACUUUACAUGUAUUGGAGAAUGGGCCUUUGCAGAGCCAUGAGAUUGCUGCAUUUGAUGAAGACCUGGGAGUUAACAGCCAUUUAACAUACUUUAUAGAGAAUGGAAACUCAGAGGAGUUGUUCAUAUUAUAUCCAAAUGGAACAUUCCAGAUAUUACAAAAUCUUGACAGAGAGGUCCAAAGUCAUCACAAAAUAACGAUUAUUGCUGUUGACUCAGGAUUUCUAGCACUGACAGGAACAGGAACCAUACAUGUUCUUGUUGAAGAUGUCAAUGACAAUGAACCUCUGUUUGAUGAUCAUGAAUUUAAUACAUUUAUAUCAGAAGAUGACCCAGUUGGAACGAUAUUUGCCACAAUUACAGCCACAGACAAAGAUAUAGGUAUAAAUGGGCAAAUAUGGUAUUCUUUAGAAGAAUCCAGUGCACCGUUUUCUAUAAAUGAAACAAGUGGAGAGCUAUUCAACACUGGUGCUUUGGACAGAGAAACUAUUGCCUCUUACAAUUUGACUGUAGUUGCCCAUGACGGGGACUACAGAUAUUCUCUCUCAAGUUCAGCUACUGUACACGUGACUGUAUUGGAUGUGAAUGAUAACUCACCCCAGCUACUCUAUGGACCAUAUGUGGCCAAUAUUCCUGCUGAACCGGCCAAAGGUUCAGUAGUGUGUGCAGUGAUAGCCAUGGAUGCAGACGAAGGAAAGAAUGGACAGCUAAAUUUCUCUCUUUAUGGACAACAUGCUCAUCAAUUUUCUAUCAGUUCUGAAAGAGGAACUGUAUACACCAUAGAUGCCCUCAAAAGAACAAGAGACAUUACUGUCAAUAUCCGUGUGCAGGAUGGAGGCGCCAAUCCUAAAAUGGACACCACUACCUUGACUGUGCGAUUUCAAAAUGCUUCAGAUUUUCCCCACCUUGCAGUACAUAUCAUUCAGCAUGUGUUCUCUGAGGACACACUUCCUGGAACCAUGGUGGCAGUAGCUACAGCAGACACAAAUAGAUUUGGACCUAUAUCUUUUUACUUGGCAACUGGAAACAUUGGAGAGGUAUUUGAGCUGCAUGAAAAGACUGGUGAGAUGAAAGUGAAAAGAUCUUUGGAUUUUGAAAGCAACAAAGAUUUUCAUCUUUUAGUUGAGGCUAGAGACUCAGGUGUCCCGCCGUUCUCCACUUAUGCUGAAAUGUAUUUAAAUAUCAGUGAUGUGAAUGAUAACCCACCUGUUUUCAUGGAGGAAGAAUACAGGUGUGAGGUGUUUGAGAACUUACCUGUGGGUUGGGUUUGUGAUGUGGUAGCUAUUGAUGCUGACUCUCAUGCAUAUGGACAAGUACAGUAUACCAUUUUGUCUGGAAACAUUAAUGGUGCAUUUAAAAUAGAUGAAACUCAUGGCGUACUUAGAACAAAAAUUAGUUUAGACAGAGAGGAGAUACCAGAGUACCAAAUCAUUAUUAAAGCUGUAGAUAAAGAUGACAGUAGGUACACUGCUACUGCAUUAGUAAAUAUAGUUGUUCUGGACACAAACGACCAUGCACCUCGUUUCUCAGAGAUCUUCUUUAUAGAGGUUCCUGAGGAUGCACUAGUUGGCUUUCCAGUGAUACACAUAACAGCCUUGGAUGAAGAUAUUGGUGUUAAUGCUAUCAUUUCUUAUUCUAUUCAAGAUCAGAUUGACCAAAUGCCUUUCAGUAUUGAUAAAAAUAGUGGAACAAUAUUUGUAGUGGGCCCUUUGGACAGAGAGCAUCAAGACCAUUAUAUUGUAAGAGUUAAUGCAAAUGAUUCAGCUUGGAGUAUCAGUACAGAUGUCACCAUAAUCAUCACAGAUAUCAAUGACAAUAUACCAUUUUUUUCUCAGUCCAACUACUUUGUAACCAUUCCUGAGACUAAAGCCAAGGAUAUGUUCCUGGUAAAAGUCAAAGCCAUUGACAGGGACCUUGGACAAAAUGCCCAAAUUCUGUAUUUUAUAGAACCACCAAGUGAGAAGUUCUUUGUUAAUAUAUCCACUGGAGACAUCUCUAUAAAACAACAGAUUAUUCUCAAUGAACAUGAAUCUCAAAGCUUUAAUUUUAGUGUUGUAGCUGUAGAUUGUGGCUAUGUACCUUUGAAUAGCUCAGUCGUGGUCACUGUAAUGUUUGUUCAUUAUAAUUAUUUUCCACCAUCUUUUCUGCCCCUUAUGCCAUAUAUAUCAAUACCAUUUACACUGCCUAUGGGAACAGAGGUUAUUCAGUUAACAGCCAUAGAUCCAGACUUUCCAAAUAAGAACAAUAAUGUUGAGUACAUCAUCAGUGGAGGAAAUGCAUCAGAUUAUUUUGAGGUGGAACAUUUUACUGGGAAAGUACGACUGAAUAGAACAUUCAGGCAAAACUUUAGCACUUUCCUCAAUCUUGUAGUUACAGCAAGAGACAACGGCUUCCCUCCUCUUUCUUCCCAAAUUGACAUCAGAUUGGAAGUAACACAGGAAAAUUUGUUCACUCCACAUUUUUCAGAAAAUCAUGUUGCAUUUUCUGUCCCUGAAAACCUCCCUUUGGGGUCAGCAAUUGGGAAAAUUCAAGCACAAGACCAAGAUCCUGGUUUAAGUGGACAGGUGUCUUACUUGAUUAAUGGUGGAAAUAAGGAUGGACUGUUUUAUGUGGAGCCCCUUUCUGGACUGAUUAAGCUAGCUAAACCACUUGACUUUGAGGCAGAAGAAAUUCAUCAUAUUCUUAUUAUUGCUAAAGAUGGAGCCUGGUUCUCUAAGACCGGGAGAAUUAAUGUCACCAUAAAUGUUACAGACAUUAAUGAUAAUCCACCAGUUUUUACUUCUACUGAGUACAUGACUUCUGUCUCAGAAAAUAGUGCAAUAGGUUCUACAGUGAUUCAGAUCAUUGCCACUGAUAAAGAUUCUGGAAGUAAUGCAGAGGUAACAUAUUCCCUAUUAUCAGGACACACAGAUUACUUUGCUUUGGAUUCCGUAAAUGGCACUGUAACCACGCUGGAGAUUUUUGACUUUGAACAACAGCAGAGUUUUGAACUUAACAUCAAGGCCUCUAACUUAGAUAAUCCAGUUUUAUAUGAUAUAGCACAUGUUACCAUUCAGGUAUUAGAUGUCAAUGAAUAUAUUCCAAGUUUCCAGAGACAUUUCUACAACUUCUCUGUGCCAGAAACCAUUCCUUUGCAAACAGAGAUUGGAAGCGUUGUGGCUACAGAUUAUGACUUGGGGUUUAAUGGUAAGAUUUAUUACUUACUUUUUGGUCAAGGUAAAAAAGCUGGCUUUGUAGUUCAUGAAAGGAGUGGAAAAAUAUACAGCUUCAAAGACAUGAGAAAUCAAGUACAAAAUCAUGCUGCUCUCCACAUAAUUGCUAAAAACAGAGGUAGCAUUUCUGGUUUCAAUGUUGAUGAGGCCCUUGUUCACAUACAUGUAAUUGAUGAAAACGAUCCUCCAGAGUUUGAUUCUGCUAUAUACACAGUAAAGGUACGUGAAGAUACUUCAGUUGGGACCUCUGUAGCUAAAGUAAGUGCUUCAGAUCAAGAUGUGGUACUAAAAUGGGGCAGGUUCUCCUAUGGCAUAGAAAGUGGAAAUGUUAACAACUCCUUCAGUAUUGAUCCUGUCAAUGGAAUUAUCACAGUAAACAAUGAGCUUGACAGAGAGUUAUGGCCUUUUUACAACCUCACAGUUGUGGCUGUUGAUGAGGGCUCACCUCCUGUAACAGGCAGCACAUCUGUAGUUGUUACCGUUAUUGACAUCAAUGAUAAUGCCCCUAGACUUAUGUCCACAGAUGGAUUUAUAAGGGAAAAUCAGCCACAUGGUACAUUAGUGGCUACACUGACAGCCACUGAUGAUGAUCUCCCUCCAAAUCAAGGUCCUUUCACAUACUGGCUAAUAAGGCCUGCCUUGAGAAACAGUUUUACCCUGACAUCUGACGGAGUUCUCUUUACUUCCAGACCACUGGAUCGUGAAGUCAGUCCUUUUUUUGAUAUACACGUGGUAAUCCAGGAUGCAGGUUCCCCUCCCUUGUCCUCCACCACCAUGUUUCAUGUCAAAGUUCUAGAUGAAAAUGACAAUUCACCAGUACAAAGAACCAUCAACAUUUUUGUUAAAUAUUAUGGAACCUUUUUCCAUGGAGGGCUGAUUGGUAACGUGAGACCAAAUGAUCUAGAUGAAUUAGAUGUGUUUAACUGUACUAUUAUAAAUGGACAGAUGAAGAUGUUUAGUUUUCCUUUUGGGAUGUGUGACUUGUGGUCCUCUCCAUUUCAAGGAGAGGCAACUCACAAUAUCACUGUUGAAGCAAGCGACCACUUCCACCCACCAGUAAACAACAGCAUCUAUGUAAACUAUAAAGGAUUUACCAAUUUGUCAUUAGACAGUUGCGUCUUAUUCUAUGUUUCCUUUGCCAAUCUUGAAAACUUUUUGUCACUGAACUUCCUUAAGUUUGCAAAAGCUCUGGAUAGUCUCUUUAAUCUACAAGCAUCAAAGAGCCAUGUAUUUGGAAUGAGGAUACAAGGCAAUGAAACAGUUCUUCUUGCAGCAAUGAAAAGUUAUAACGGAUUAUAUCUGAGUGGAAUAGUUGCAAGUGGAAUCUCACGCAUGCAUAAGAAGUUACUUGAGGUACAGAGCAAUUUGACUAUUUUUCAAAUAACCAGCGACCCAUGCUCACUGAAACCCUGUCAAAAUGGUGCCACCUGUAACAAAAAUAUCCACAUCACUCAAGAUGUUGCUGUUUUGGAAAGUUCUCGUCUCAUAUUUGUGUCUCCCCAAUAUGCAGAGGUUUUUAACUGCUCGUGUCCCGCUGGCUUUACUGGAACUAGGUGUGAGUAUGAUAUAGAUGAAUGCUUGGAAAGUCCUUGUGAAAAUGGAGGCAGCUGCUUUAACAGCCCUGGAGGAUUUCUAUGCCAUUGCUCAGAGAGUUUCUCUGGACUGCAUUGUUCUAUUGCUGAUAAUGAGUGUCAGAGAGUAAUGUGUUCAAACGGUGGGACAUGCUGGAACAUACAAGGAGGAUUCUUCUGUGACUGCAGACCUGGAUAUGAAGGAAGAUUUUGUGACUACAUCAUAGAUCAUUGUGCAUCAUCACCUUGCCUCCAAGGGCAAUGCUCAAAUUUUUUAACAGGGUAUGCUUGUCACUGUCCAUUUGGUGUCACCGGAGUUAACUGUGAAGAGCAUAGUUAUGGCUUUGAGGAAUUUUCCUAUUUGGAAUUUCCCCCUUUAAAUCCUAGAUACAAUUUUAUCUCUCUGGAAUUUGCAACUGUGAAACACAACUCUUUGCUGUUGUACAAUCCGGGAGAGCCGUCAUCUUCAGAGUUUUUUGCACUUGAAAUUGUGGAAGGACAGUUACGCCUCUCUUUUGAUCUUGGAUCAGGGGUUACAAGACUGGAAACAAUCAAACCAGUGGCUGACGGGAGCUUCCACAAUGUCACUAUUAGGAGAAUUGGAAAUAUCGCCUCUUUGGAGGUUGACAGCUGCAGUGCUGAAGAGCCCAGAGAUUAUUGUUUGUCACAGCAUGAGGGUAUUGGAACCCAGAGGUAG